AUGGCGGGCGAUUCGGGCGGGGAGGAGGUGGAGGUGCUGCUGCUGAUGGCGGACAGCCGAGCGUGUGAGCUGGUGCGAGUGAGUGCGGGGCGGGAGGAGACAGCAGGAGGAGUGGCACAGCAGGUGCUGAGGGAUCAGGGCGUGGCGCUGGCAGCAGGGGGGACUGCAUCGCUGGUGUUCAAUGGGGUGGAGCUGGAUGAGCGCUCCACUCUGGAUCAGUGCGGCAUUCGAUCCGCUUCAGGGCGGGAGAGCUGGGUGCCUCGAUUCCUUUUCCCCAACGCGUGGCACAUGCAGUCUGUGCCCAGGAAACCGCCAGUCAAG